UAUUUGAAUUAUCUCAUAUAUUAUUAUUUAUUAGCAAUAUUUUCUUUAUAUUUGUAUGUAAAAUGAAUCCAGUUAUAAGUUCUGAAAACCUUCCUUCGUCAUUUAACAAUAAAAUUAUUGAAUCUAACGAAAAAUAUACAUUGGUUAGGUCAAAUAUUUUAGAUUUAUCAAGUAUUAGUAAUUGGAUUUAUGAAUUUUCUUUAAAUACUAAUACUAAAUGGAAUGUCCGUUCUUCAGUUCCAAAUGGAACUUAUAUUCAGUGCAAAAAAUUAUUUAUAUAUCAUCAUAGCUCUUACCAUAAAGUUGACAAAGAACACAAUAAAAGAGGACAAUCUAAAAACACUAAGUGUAAAGCCAAAAUAAAAGUUGUGGUAAAGCUAGAUUCUGUUUCAACUAGAAAAACUGAUCCCUACAUUAAAGAAAAAUUAUUAGGUGUUAUUACAAUUUUUAAUGAACACAAUCACAACAUAAAUACAGCAGAGGCUUUAAAAUUCUUAAAUUNAAAAAUUAUUAGAGAAAAUUUUGAAGACUAUUUUAAUGACGGAAUGACUAUAACUGAAGCUAUUCGUUACCAUGAGAGUGUUAUGGCAAUGAAUAAUCAUUCUAUUGAGGAUUUUGCAAACGCUCGAUUGAACCCAACAUAUAGAACUAUACAGAAUUGGCAUGAUAAAUGGAGUAUUUUAAAUUUAGGUCCGCGUACUGGUCAAGGGGUUCUUAUGGUAAAAUAUGAACAACAUAUGAAAUAA